AUGAAUUAAAAUAAACUAUACAAUCCCUUUGCUUUACCUCCUGAUUUUUGUAAUUAUUCAAUCUAUAAUUAUAUUAGAAUUAGCCUAAGCCCAUGCUAAAGCAAAAUAAGUUGGAUAUUAGAAUCAAAAUUAAUAAGAAUAUUGUCCAUGUUGUAAUAUGGCAAUAAAUAAAAUACAAAUAGGAGUAUGUGAAGACAUCAUAAGACUACAAUUUUUAGGUAUUUAUAAUAAAUUGAUUUAUUUUAGGUGAAGGAAUCCCUUUAUUCUUUCAAUCUAUAAAAUUAUAUUCAAUUCUAUUACUACUAAUCUUCGUUCUUGUAGGAAUAUACAAUAUUAUCACUACUUCUGACUUAUGUUACAAGGAAUAUCAUUUUAAUUUGAUGGAUAAUGAAGAAAAUUAAGAAUAAGGAUGUUAUCAUUUUAUAGGAGUAGCAUACACUGUCAAUAAAACAGAAUUAUAAUUAACAAUUUAGGCUGUAUUAGCACUUCUUGGAACAUUUCUAGUGACAGCUGGUUUAUUCUUAAUUAAAUGGUUUUAAUAAAGAAACCUUCAUUUUUCUAUAAAUAGUUCACCAAGUGAUUUUACUAUAUUAUUAAGAAAUUAUCCUUAUACUCAUGAAAAAUAAUAGAUAGAAUAAUAUUUUAUGAAAUACUUUAAUGUAAACUCAUCAUCCAUAGUAAAAAUAAUACGUCCUUUAAAUAUUUAAGAUUAUUUGAAUGAUUAGAAGAAAAAGAAUGAAAAGUUGUAAGAAUAAUAAAAAAUUUAUGCUUUGAUGACACGUCCAUAAGAAGUCAGAGAGAAAAAUGAUAUUUUAAAUUAGUUGAUGCUUGAAAUAUAAGUUUUAGAUAAAUAGAUUUCUCUUUUUGAAUAAUAAGUCACACUUAAUAAUUUAUAUUAAAGAACUGAUUAUGUUUUAGUAACAUUAUAAGAGGAAAGUCUAGUUGAUUAAAUUUUAGAUAUAUGUAAUUAAAAUCAUUGGUAUGAAAUAAUGAUGGAUUAUGUUGGAUGUUGUGAUAAAUUAUUAUAUUAUUUAAAUAAUGAUAAAUAGCAAUGGAAAUUUAUAAAUGGUUAAAGAAUUUAUAUUAGAAGAGCACCUGAACCUUUAGAUAUAAUUUGGUAAAAUUUCAACACAAGUCAUUCAUAAAAAAGAUGCAAAAGAAUGUUGGCUUUAAGUUUAAACUUUCUUGUUGUAUUAGUUGGAGCUUUUAUUGUAUAUGGAAUUUCAUAUACUCAAAAUUAAGCAUAAAGUAGUAAUACAUUUUAUGUAAAAUAUGUAUUAUCAGGUUUGUGUGCUUUAGCAAUUUUAAUUAUUAAUUAAAUUUUAGAGAUGCUCAUUAAAAUAACUUCAAAGUAUGAAAAACAUACUACUUAUACAAAUGAAACUAGAAGUGUUAUGGUAACUUAAACAAUAAUGUAAUUUAUUAAUACAGCCCUUGUACCUUUUGGAUUAUUUAUAUUUACUGAUUUUGAUUAAAAUAAUUUAGCAGUUAGUCUAUUUUUUAUAUUUUUAGGCAAUUUAAUAAUAUUGCCAAUCUUAGAAAUAUUAGAUCCAUUAUAUAUUAUUAAAUUAAUAAAAUAAAAUUAAAUAUUGAAGGAAUAAGAUAAAAGAUAGAUUAUUCUUACCUAAUAAUAAACACAUGAAUUAUUUGAAGGACCAGAUUAUAGAAUAGCAGAUAAAUAUUCAACUAUUUAUAAAAGUAUUUUGAUGAGUAUGUUUUAUUUAUGUAUAUUCCCAUAUGGAAUGAUGAUGUAGAUAUUAUCAUUAUUUCUAUAUUAUUGGGCAUGCAAAUAUACAUUAUUAAGAAGAUGUUCUUAUCCACCAACUAUAAAUAGAAAUUUAAAUGAUUCUACUCUCCAAUUAUUAGGAAUAUCACCUAUAUUGAUAUCUGCUGGAUCAGCAUGUUAUUAAUUUGUUUUGAUUAAAACAUACAGUAACUUAAUUAUUCAUAUUAUAAAUAUGAUAAUAUCUUGUCUUUGUGUUGGAACUUAUCUAUAUUUUAAAUUUGAAUCCAAGGCUACUCAUACUGAAUCAGCACUUUGCUUGAAUUAUUUUGAAGAGAAAAAAAAGUUUUCAACAGAUUAUGAGAAAUGUAAUCCAAUAACCAUGAAGCAAGCACAAUUUUAAUAACAAUAUAAAUUAGAAUGA